AUGAACUUCAUAAAGGCCUGCAAAGAGGACAGCCUCCCCGAGAUGCCAAUCCUGGUGAAAUCUCUGAGCAGCUUCACAGAGAAAAAAGGGUCCAGAUGUCCUGACUGUGGGAGAGCCUUCAGCUCCAAGUCCUUCCUUACUCAACACUGGCGGAUCCACACAGGGGAGAGACCCUAUGAAUGCAGUGAGUGUGCGAAGGCUUUUAGCCAGAGGGCAAACCUUAUUCAGCAUCAAAGGAUUCAUUCUGGAGAGAAACCAUACAAGUGUGAGGACUGUGACAAAGCUUUCAGGCGGAGCUCCUCCCUCAGGGAGCACCAGAUUAUCCAUAGUGGCAAGAAACCAUUUCUCUGUAAUGAAUGUAGGAAAGGCUUCAGCAAACGCUCAGCCCUCAUCUCCCAUCGGAGAAUUCACACUGGCGAGAAACCCUAUCAAUGUAAUGAGUGUGGGAAGGCCUUUAGUGAUCAGUUAUUCUUCAGCCAACACCGGAGGAUCCACAAUGGGGAGAAACCUUAUGGAUGCAAUGAAUGUGGAAAGGUCUUUAGCUGGGCCUCAUCCCUUAAUCACCAGAGAACUCAUACAGGUGAGAACCCCUAUAGAUGCCCCGACUGUAGGAAACCCUUUCGGUACAGGUCCUCCCUCAUCAAGCACUGGAAAACCCACACAGGAGAGAAACCCUACAAAUGCAGCGACUGUGAGAAGACUUUCAGCUAUAGCUCCUCCCUCAGCCUCCAUCAGAGAACUCACAACGGGGAGAGUCCCUAUAUGUGUAAGGAGUGCAGAGACACCUUCAGGUAUUGCUCCUCCCUGACCAAGCACCAGUGGACCCACAGCAUCAAGACAACCUGUGAGUGUAAGGAAUGUCUAAAAGCCUUUAGUAGUUGUGAUUCAUCCCUUAAAGUACAUCAGAGGAUCCAUACAAGGGAGAAUCCUAUGCAUACAGAGAGGGUGAGGAAGACCUUUGUGGCAACUAACUUCCGGCAGUUCUUAAUAAAACAUACUAUGCACGUGAAACCUUCAGAUUUCAUUCACCCCAAGAGGUCUGAAACAUCACAUUAUACAUUAGUCAUGGGGAUAUGCCUCAAGGGUCCCCAAAACCACCCCAUUGUGGUGACUCAGUAA